UAUGAUGAUCCUGUAACCUCUUUCAUUCUUUGUGGGAUAAACCUCAUGGCGUCUGUGGUUCUACAGAGAGAAAAUACUUUACAGUCUUAUUUACAGGACAGAAGUCCCAGUUCAUCUCCAGACACAGGACCCUUUUCAUCACUAGCCCUCAUUUCCUCAGCUUGUGGGUCUGUUAUAUCAUCUAGACCAUCCCUCCGCGAUUACCCCCAUCCCUCCUCUGAGAGUGCCGGGCAAUCCUCUACAAUGUUUCAGCUUUGGAGCAAUGACAUUCCAACAAAUGCAGGAAUGGGUUCUCAUGCUAUGACCUUCGGGGUUCCUAAAGUACAGUAUCCUGGCCAUAUGCAAACUGUAGGUUCACAUGAGCUCCCACUAACUCCUCCAGCUGACCCAGCUGCUUAUUCUUUUGAUUUGUCUCCAGUGAAGGUAUUAGCUCCACAGAUGGGUUCCAAUCCCACCUACCAUUUUCAGGACCCAAACACUGUGACCCAGGACUUCUCAAGUUUUAUGCAAGGUCCAACAACUUUGACACAAAGACACUUGACGCCUGCUCACAUGGAUGACCAGACGUGGUGGAGUCUCCAACAGUCAAAUCCUAACAAUAUUCACUCCUUCCAUUUGGCUAAUCCACUGGUGGUUGCUCCCCAGCCACAACUUGCAGCACUUCUACAGAGUACCUCCAAAACAUUACUUGGCUCAACACGCCGUUGUAGGAGAUGCAAAUGCCCAAAUUGCCAAGCUUCUCCAAGCAAUGAGGAACCGGGAAAAAAGAAGCUCCAUAUUUGUCACCUUCCUGGCUGUGGCAAGGUUUAUGGAAAGACCUCUCACCUUAAAGCUCAUUUACGUUGGCAUGCUGGUGAGAGACCUUUUGUCUGCAACUGGGUGUUCUGUGGGAAAAGUUUCACAAGAUCAGAUGAACUUCAGAGGCACCUACGGACACAUACAGGAGAGAAACGUUUUGGAUGCCAGGAGUGUGGAAAAAGAUUUAUGAGGAGCGAUCACCUUUCCAAACAUACAAAAACCCACCAGAACAAAAAGCUUAAAUGUGGAGGACCUUCCUUGGAAAACAUUAAAAAAGAAUAAAAACGUUCCUCUCAUGUCCACAA